AUGUGUGCGAGUUCUUCGCGUACAGACGAGCCUCGAAGGAGCCAGGGCUUCAACCAGAGCCCUAGCCCGCUAUCAGCCGACCUAACAACAAAUCACGACUUGAACGGGGUCGCCAAUCAGAGAGAAAACCGAAGCGGUGGUAGGACGGGAAUCUCGUUUCAGAUACUGCGAGAGGGAGCCGGCGACCUGACCAAGACACACCCAUCACCAGUGUCGUCAUCCAACCCGCAGCCGAGCCUACCUCCAUCUACCGCUCAAGUGGAACCUCCAACUUUGGCUGGCCCUGUCAACCAAGAGAAGAGUCGUCUGGAACAAAUCAAGCAUGCGGUCAUCACAUUUAGCCAGUUCGUUGGUCCAGGGUUCAUGAUCUCCGUGGCAUACAUCGAUCCUGGUAACUAUGCCACCGAUAUCGCUGCUGGAGCAUCGUACCGCUUUCAGCUACUCUUCAUUGUCCUCUUGAGUAACCUAUUCGCUAUCCUUCUGCAGAGUCUGGCCAUCAAGCUCGGCACAGUCACCGGCCUAGACCUUGCAUCAGCAUGCAGAGCCUUUCUUCCGCCAUGGCUGAACUAUUCCAUAUACGCUUUGGCUGAAAUCGCCAUUAUUGCGACAGAUAUCGCUGAGGCAACAGGAUGUGCCCUUUCAAUCAUCGAUGUCAUGCUCAUCCUCGUCUUCUACAACCCAACCGGCCACAUGAGAGGCCUGCGUAUUUUUGAGUUCUUUGUCUGCAUUCUGGUGAUGGGCGUAGUGGUUUGUUUCUGCAUCCAACUCUCGAUGAUCUCCAACACGAGCGUCGGCCAAGUAUUCAAGGGCUAUCUACCUUCAGGCGCCGUGAUCGAGCAGCAGGGCCUUUACCAAGCAUGUGGCAUCCUCGGAGCAACCGUCAUGCCUCAUAGCCUUUUUCUUGGCUCCGGUAUCGUGCAACCUCGUCUUCGCGCCUAUGACGAACAACACAAUCUCCUACCUGCCGAACCUGUGUCCGCCAACUCGUCCAUCGUUGACAGCAUAGACGCCGAUAAAGUCCACUACAUCCCCUCCCAGUCCGCCAUCAAACACUCACUCAAGUACUCCAUCGCCGAACUCGCCCUUUCCUUGUUCAUCUUUGCCCUCUUCGUCAACUCGGCCAUCCUCAUUGUCGCCGGCGCUUCUUUGUACAACAACGCUGAGGCGCUCGACGCCGACAUUUUCGCCAUCCACUCUUUGCUUUCGUCAUCCAUAUCGCCAGCCGCAGGAACCAUCUUCGCCCUCGCCCUUUUGUUGUCAGGCAUCUCAGCAGGCAUAGUUUGCACCAUCGCAGGACAGAUGGUCAGUGAGGGAGCAUUGAGGUGGAAGAUACGACCCUGGUUGCGUCGACUUGUCACCAGACUAAUAAGCAUCACGCCUUCCAUCAUUAUUGCUGCCGCCGUAGGAAGGGAUGGGCUGAAUGCCACGUUGCAGGGGAGCCAGGUGGUGUUGAGCGUGGUGUUGCCGUUCGUCACGGCGCCGCUGAUCUGGUUCACGAGCCGGGAUCGGUAUAUGAUGGUUUUGCCGGGAGCGGCGAGAUAUCAGGUGGAAGGCGAGGAGGAAGAUGAGAGGCCGUUGUUUUCGGCAAGGAGGGGAUGGAUGGGUAGGGGCAACGAAGGGGAGGGAGGAGUCAAAAUGGCGAAUUCUUGGUUAACUACGAUUGCGGCGGGUCUGGUUUGGGGGUUGAUUGCUGUGAUGAAUGUAGCGAAUUUGGUGUUGCUUGGGAAGGGGAAUAGCUAG